CAACCAGUGGUACCAGAAUAUUACAAAUGUUACACUAAUCUAACUUAUUUUUUAAUCAACCAAAACUAAUCAUUUACUUAUGAUGCUUUUGCCAAUUACUUUCCAGGCUGAAAACUGUGCUAAAUGAAACUUGAUUACAAAUAACAGCAAAAAACAAAGAAUUAGUCAUUAAGGAUAAGAAACUUUUUUUCUCUAAUAAACAAGUGUAUAAAACCGUCGUUUUUGGCUGUUAAGGGUCCCCGUUUUGAGUCGUAAUUGUCAUGAUGUCAUAUUUCGGGUUGUGGAAAUGGGUGUGGCCUUGUGGUUUCCUUGUGUACUCUGGAACUGUGUGAGUCCUGAGCAGCUAUGGAUUUUGAAUCCAAGGAAAAUUUUGAAAAAGCUAGAUCCAGAUAAACAGACUUUGCCUACUGAGUCUGAAUCUCUGGUAUCUCCCACACAAGAGGUUUUAGUCAGAGCAGAUCUCGGUGUAUCUUUAGAGAAGCUAUCUGAAUGUUGGAUCUGUUAUGACUCUGAAAGACAGGAUGUAGGGCCUUUGAUCCAGCCAUGCCUCUGUAAAGGGGAUGUGUCUGUAGUUCAUCAUGACUGCUUGAAGAAGUGGCUGGUUCAGUCUUCAGAAAACCCAGACAACACAAGAUGCAAAGUUUGUAAAGAAGAGUACAAGCUUGAACAAGGGACUAUCUGGUUGCCUAGAGGACUCACUAAAACUCAUUGGCUUAAAACAGCUUGUUUAGUCUCUGUCAUGUGUAGCACCGUCGGAGGAGCUUGUCUAGUGGUACAGAUGUUUAACGAUGUUGCCAUUCGAACAGCGACAGUUGGAGGAUCACUACUAAUUGAAUGCGUGUGCCUAAGGCUCCUUGGAUUCAGUUUUUUGACUGCUUACCACCGAGCAAAGAUUUCAACAGUUAGUAUCCUUGGAAAUAAGCCAGCAGCUAUUCCUACAGUGUUGGGUGUAAAGACCAAACUUGUCAUUCCAGCCGAGCCACAAUGCAGCACCGAGAUGGGUACAUCUGAUGAAAAGACUUCUCUUGCUGUUCUAACAAAUCCAAAGGAUGUUGAUGUUGCUAUAGAAACAGAAAUAUAGUAAUCCUGCUGAGAACCAGUGAAAGAAACUAAUUCAAGUGUCCAUAAUUGGUUAAAUUGGGCUGUCUUAACUCAUUUGAGAUGAGCUGAAGGCUAUAUAUAUAUAUAAUACUGUAAUAGAAGAGAGUUAAAAGUACAUUAAUUUCAAUAUGUACAUCAGAAAGAAUGUAAUAUUUAGCAUAAAUUGGUGGCCAAGCUAGAGAUGUUGGUUAAUUUCUAUUCAAUAUUUAUUGUGAAACCUAUUGUAUUUCUGAAUCGAUCACAAGCAUUUAUUUAUGUGUGAAAUCAAAAGAAUAUGCACAAGGCUAAGAAAAGUAUUGUUCAUUUUAGACAUUAUGGGAACUGACUAGAGAUUCUUUCUCACAUUUUCAUGUAUUCUUCUGGGAUUUACUGACUAUUUCAUGGCGAGUGUCAAGUGCUGGUGAAUGGGAAACACUCGAGAAGUACCUUAAUUGUUCAGAAAGUGUUAUUAAAAUCAGUUUUUCGUCAUUACGCUGUAUACAAGUUUUUUCUUUACAGAGUAAUUUAAUCUUCUCUAUUUAAGCUUUUUUUUUGUUGGGAUUUUAAAAAUAUAUAGAGAAAAGCUGGGGAUUUUCUAAAAAGAAUUAUUAAUCUUGACUUUCUAUUUUGGUGUUCUUUCUAAUGUACAAAGCAUUUAUAAUAUAUUGUUACGUUUGCAUGAACGUUUAUAACAGUUUCAUACAUCCAUUGUUGCACUGUAAGAUUUACAAUACUGUUAACAGAAUGUGUUUACUUUGACUCUUAAGUUCAUACAAUAUAAGUAUGUCAGGUGGGAAGGGGGGGUGUACAACCAUUACAGCAGUAUUGAUAGAUUAUGUAUUAAAAGGGUUACAUUGAGUUAUGAUCACGCAUCCUUGUUGAUCCCCAACUUAUAGUUUGUUACUGCAUACUAAAUCCAAACUUAAAUUGCUGUAAUGUUUUUUAGUGUAAAAUUAAGAAUUGAUAAAGGGUUUUUGAAAUUAAAAACUACUAUAUAAUUAUCGUCACUGAAAGACCUUAAUUUUUACAUAAGAAAUCAUAUCAUUUCUUUUUUUAAAUAAAGUGUGAUAAACUUGUUCAUUGUUUAACGUGAAAAGAAUAAAAUUUUGAUCCUAUCAAAUAUAUACAUUGAGACAGUGAUUUUAUGAAAAAUAUGAAGUGUUAGUGAUUCAUGCCGCAUGAAAAGAUAACCAGUAGUGAACUAAGAAGGAAUACUCUGUAUAUAUGUUCUUAUAAAUUACACAAGUUUCAUAGUAUGCAUCACAAAAUAUAUUAGUUUUAAAGUCAUCAUGUUAUAUACUGUUUAGAACAAGUAUUUUUUAUAUUUUGUGUAAAAUUAAAAUAUAUAUCAAUAUAUAUAUAUAAGAUUUUAUACUUAUAUAGUUGGUAUUGCUCAGUGUAGUUGUAGCUAUUUGCUGGUUUUUCGGUGUAAACAAGGCCAAUGGAAUUAAAACUAUUGUUUUAAAAUAGUGUUGUCAACAUGAAAGUUCAAUUAGGAAACUUUUUGGUUGGGUCCAAGAGAUAUUGAAUUUGAAUAAUAUGAUAUUCCCAGACAGUAAAAGUUGUACAUUAAAGUAUAAGAUACAAGACACUCAAAAGAGUUAUCUUUUGUCAUCUCUGUAGUUGUAAAUGUUUUAACUAUCCAAGUAAUUUAUGAAAUUUGUCUGAUAAACGCAGAACUUAAGAAUCAAGAUGAAGGAAGUGUUAGUAGCUUGCGACAAGUCAUCAAAUAAGUAUACUCUUUACAAGUACAAUAAAAGAUGUUUAGUUUUUAUAAAGACAAGUAGGGAUCGAUAUAUACCUAACCUAGCUAGUUAUGGUAAUAUAGAAAGUUUAAUGCUACAAAAACUGAGUUACUUAAAUUUUGCCCUACUUUGCCAAAUCACUGUAAUUAUCUUAGUCUAAGCCAGAGUAGGGAUAAUUUGUUUUUAAGUUUAAGUAAUUUA